AUGGGGGAAAGAGGCGUUGUGGAGGCAGACCAUAUCCCACCAAAGAGUUCCCUGAAGCAGGCCAGAGACCAACAAUCUCAGAUGAAAGAUCUUCAACAGAAGAAUCCAAAGCUUUACGAUAUGAUAAACAGCAUUGGAUCAGACUCAAAUGGAGAGAACCUGCCCACAAUGCGGGUUCUCAAACAGCAUCACAGGAAUGCUCUAACCACUGGAGCCAGUAAGGCAUCUGUCAUCUGCAGGUGAAUUAUCUAUUAUUAUACAGUGCAUUCGGAAAGUAGUCAUACCCUUUGACUUUUUCCACAUUUUGUUACGUUACAGCCUUGUUCUAAAAUUGAUUAAAUAAUUGCUUUCCCACAUCAAUCUACACACAAUACCCCAUAAUGACAAAGUAAAAACAGGUUUUUAGAAAUGUUUGCAAAUGUAUUAGAAACGGAAAUACCCUAUUUACAUAAGUAUUCAGACCCUUUGCUAUGAGACUCGAAAUUGAGCUCAGGUGCAUCCUGUUUCCAUUGAUCAUCCUUGAGAUGUUUCUACAACUUGAUUGGAGUCCACUUGUGGUAAAUUCAAUCGAUUGGACCUGACUUGGAAAGGCACACACCUGUCAAUAUAAGGUCCCACAGUUGACAGUGCAUGUCAGAGCAAAACCCAAGUCAUGAGGUCGAAGGAAUUGUCUUUAGAGCUCUGAGACAGGAUUGUGUGGAGGCAGAGAUCUGGGGAAGGGUACCAAAAAAUGUCUGCAGCAUUGAAGGUCCCCAAGAACACAGUGGCCUCCAUCAUUCUUAAAUAAAAGAAGUUUAGAACCACCAAGACUCUUCCUAGAGCUGGCCGUCCGGCCAAACUGAGCAAUCGGGGGAGAAGAACCUGACAGUCACUCCUUCCAGAAGGACAACCAUCUCUGCAGCACUCCACCAAUCAGGCCUUUAUGGUAGAGUGGCCAGACGGAAGCCACACCCCAGUAAAAGGCACAUGACAGCCCACUUGGAGUUUGCCAAAAGGCACCUAAAGGACUCUCAGACCAUGAGAAACAAGAUUCUCUGGUCUGAUGAAACCAAGAUUGAACUCUUUGGCCUGAAUGUCAAGCGACACGUCUGGAGGAAACCUGGCACCAUCCCUAUGGUGAAGCAUGGUGGUGGCAGCAUCAUGCUGUGGGGAUGUUUUUCAGGGGUAGGGACUGGGAGACUAGUCAGGAUCGAGGGAAAGAUGAACGGAGCAAAGUACAGAGAGAUCCUUGAUGAUAACCUGCUCCAGACCGCUCAGGACCUCAGACUGGGGCGAAGGUUCACCUUCCAACAGGACAAUGGCCCUAAGCACACAGCCAAGACAAUGCAGGAGUGGCUUCGGGACAAGUCUCUGAAUGUCUGGCCGAACCCGAUCGAACAUCUCUGGAGAGACCUGAAAAUAGCUGUGCAGCGACGCUCUCCAUCCAACCUGACAGAGCUUGAGAGGAUCUGCAGAGAAGAAUGGGAUGUACAGUUGUGUACAGGUGUGCCAAGCUUGUAGCGUCAUACUCAAGCAGACUUGAGGCUGUAAUCACUGCCAAAGGUGCUUCAACAAUGUACUGAGUAAAGGGUCUGAAUACUUAUGUAAAUGUGAUAUUUCAAUUUUUUUAUUUUUAAUACAUUUGCUACAAUUUCUAAAAACCUGUUUUGGCUUUGUCAUUAUGGGGUAUUGUGUGUAGAUUGAUGAGGGGAAAAAACUAUUUAAUCCAUUUUAGAAUAAGGCUGUAAUGUAACAAAAUGUGGAAAAGGUCAAGGGGUCUGAGUACUUUCCGAAUGCACUGUAGGUGCAAUCCAUCCCUUUCUUUCCGCCUGUGAUACACAACCGAGGCUGAAAUAAAAACACAGAAACAAACCUACUUUGAUUAAAUUCAAGCUGCCUGGUCCUCUUAGAGAGUUUUCACAAAAAUACCUUUAAUUUUGCUACAAUUUGAAAAGUUCCAUUCUUGUGGUGUAUUAGGAAUUGAAUACUUACCAUCUAUGCUGCUUCCCUAUUCGGAAUGUUCUCAAUCUCUUAACAACACUGUACAUGCCCUUCCAACUCAUAGGAAGCUGCUGGCGGAUACACUUGUAAGCGGAGAUGUGGAGAAAUCACUGAAGUUCUCUUUCAUCAUGGCUCAUCCGAUUGCUUCUGACCAGCUCAGAGCAGGUGAUUAUUGUCCUGUCUGCCCUUAUAUAGGAAAGUCUUGACUAGAUUUUUCUCAUUUCAGUUUGAAUAUUAACCCUUAAUUUGUUUAUGUUUUUAUUCUAGGAAACACCAAUCAUCUUACCCCGGGAUCCAUUAUUAUGUCUCCUGAAGGAACAGUGUUAUACUACAAAGCUGGCUUCAAUCAGAUGCUGAAUCACCACUGUAAAGAGGGGAUCAUCGACCAGAAUCAGCUGGAGAGGCUGAAGUCCUGGGUGGCCGACAAAAAGUACCUGGACCAGAACACCCCAGAGUAUAACGACAUCCGUACAGCCAUUCAAUAACAAAACCUCCCCUGGGGAAAUGUUGGUAAAGGGCUAAAAUCAUACUUUUAUAUUUAGCAUAUGAAUAUCAUGAAUUCAAUAUAAUCAUACUGUGAAUCAUUUAUUGUUGAACCUUAGGUGAGUGACAAUUCAACAUUUUUACUUUGUUGUUUUUGCUUACAAUUGAUUAUUCAUUAGGUAGCCUAUGGCUUUUCAAAAUAGAUACAGUAACUUAUGUGCAAGUUGCAUGAGAUAUAAGCUUGCUAAAAGCACAGUAGGUUCUUUACAGUAAGUUGUAAAUUGACUUUUAAUUUUGUUUCAUUCAGUACUGUAUACUAUACUGGGUGUCAAAUUUCAUUUCUCAAUGUCAUAAUAUUUCACCUUUUUAGUGUCUUAGUAUUGAAUUAUAUAGCCUACUUUCAGUUUUUGUGUAAUGAUCAUGGUAACCUUUUAUUCUUAUUAUCAGUGCUUUCACAAUCAAAUCAUGGUCUCAUUGGCAGUGUUUAUCAUGUUCUUGAUUUCUUUACUAUUGGUUUAUGGAUGAUUUUAUAUUUACUCAAUCCAAAUGUUAAUACAUUUGUGCAUUCUCAAAAAUAUUAUCUGCAUUUGAAACUAUUGACAAUAAACUGAUUUAAUUUGCAAGACUAUUAGCAAUGGGCGCGUUCGAGCGGAUACAUUUUGUCUUUCAAAAUAUGUUGCAUUAUGGGGAUUAAAAUUGUCCGACUUGCGCCAACAUAACCA